AUGCCGAUCAGCAGGAUCGCCGUGGGGACCCACCAUGAGGUGUACCACCCGGGCGCCCUCAAGGCGGCGUUCGCUGAGUUCAUCUCCACCCUCAUCUUCGUCUUCGCCGGCCAGGGCUCCGGCAUGGCCUUCAGCAAGCUGACCAGCGGCGGCGCGACGACCCCCUCGGGCCUGAUCGCGGCGGCUGUGGCGCACGCCUUCGCGCUGUUCGUGGCGGUGUCCGUGAGCGCCAACAUCUCCGGCGGGCACGUGAACCCUGCCGUGACGUUCGGCGCCUUCGUGGGCGGCAACAUCACCCUGUUCCGCGGCCUCCUGUACUGGGUGGCCCAGCUGCUGGGCUCCACGGUGGCGUGCUUCCUGCUCCGCUUCUCCACGGGCGGGCUGGCCACGGGCACCUUCGGCCUCACGGGCGUCUCCGUGUGGGAGGCGCUGGUGCUGGAGAUCGUGAUGACCUUCGGGCUGGUGUACACGGUGUACGCCACCGCCGUGGACCCCAAGAAGGGUAGCCUGGGCACCAUCGCCCCCAUCGCCAUCGGCUUCAUCGUGGGCGCCAACAUCCUGGUCGGCGGCGCCUUCACCGGCGCGUCCAUGAACCCCGCCGUGUCCUUCGGCCCCGCGCUCGUCAGCUGGGAGUGGGGAUACCAGUGGGUGUACUGGGUCGGCCCACUCAUCGGCGCCGGCAUCGCCGGCGUCAUCUACGAGCUGCUCUUCAUCUCCCACACCCACGAGCAGCUCCCCACCACCGACUACUAG